AUGAAAUUAUCAUAUGCACUUUAUAAUCACUUAUCAUCUUUAAAGGUGUUUGAAAUAAUUAAGCAAGCCAAUAAAAACCCCAUUAUUUUAACAGAGGCCUAAUAAAAUUUGAUCGAAAAUGGGAUUGCAGUAGCCAAGUUAGUUAAAUCAAUAUAUAGUUUAAAAUAAGAGAUUUCAUAAAGAGCUCUAACUCCUAUUGCUCAAUUAGAUCAACUUAAAUAAUUAACCACUGCAUCCACAAAGUUAUAUAAUUGGAAUAUAAUCAUAAAUGCAAUAAAUUAAUUGUAAAUACCUAAUGACAUAAACAGUGACAUUAAAAAGUUAAUAUUGAUGGGGGAUGUGUAAGUAAUUGAAGACGUACUUAAUUAAUUGUUUGACUUUUACUUAAAGUUGCAAUAAGCCAGAUUGAGUAAACCUAAAGCAUCUCCAAACGUCAGAAAUAGAAUUUUAUCUGAAUAAUAACCACAAUCUUAAGGAUAUAAUCAUUUGAAUCUUAGCUAAACAUAAGAGUAAAUUUAAAUAUCUGAUUCAAAUAUUUUAGAAUACUUUACAUCAUUAUUGUCAAAAUGGUUGAAUUUGUAACACAAAUAGGUUAUUUCACUUUAUGCUGAAAAUUUCAAAUUUUGGGCUUAAAUAGUUACCAAAGGUGUUCAAAGGGUUUAUGAACCAAUAAUCUCCAUUUACAAGGAUGUUUUUUUGUCAGUUGAACAUCUAUAGAAUCUAAUCUCUAUGGAAAAAGAUAAAGCAUUAGGAUUUUCAUUAAAUCUCUUAAAACCAGGAUUGGUCUCUAAAUCACCUGAAGUGUGUAUUGAAACAAUUCGAACCCUUGGAAAUUUUGUAAUCUAAGCAUAUAAUAAUAAAAUCUCAUAUAAAGAGGAUAUAUAUUAAUGGUAUGUUGAAUCAUGUUUUUAAACAACACUUCUAUCAAUUAAAAGACAUCCAUAAUUAGUCGAUUCAUUGGUAGAUUUAAUGAUAUUAUUUUGUAAAUUUCAUUUAGUUGAUCUUUUUACUUCAAUUCUAAAAUAGCAUAGUGCAAAUAAUAUAGAGUUGCUAAUUAAUGUAGAAAAGCUGUUUAAUUCACUCACACCAGAGUAUAUUUUAGAAAUUUAAUCUAUGGGAAUAAUGCAACAAUGGUUAGAAUAAGGUCUGGAGAUUCUUGAGAGUACGAAUACUUUAAAAUCAGAUGAGAACAUUUGUAUUUUAAGGCUCAUUCAUAAUAUUUGGUUAAAGAAUUAAUAUUAAUAACAUUAAGAAAGAGUGCAUAAUGCAUUUAAAUUAGGCACAUAAGAUCCCAGGGAAUGCGUGGCAUUAUUUUCUAUUUAAUUUUUAUUCUCUGCUUUAGAGUACUUUGGAAAGAAUAAAAUUCCUGAAGCUCCAAUUUUGUAUAAAAUAAUUGCUAUUUAGCUUGUCGAAUUAACAAAUGAGAAUUUAGUCCAUUUUAUACUUUAGAAUCUUUUGAUAGUUUUCUAAAUGAUCCCUUCAAUCCCAUUGUCGAUAGUUCUCGAUCCAUUUAUAGUAAAUUUACAGGAGAAAACAUAUCCAAGCUUGGUUGUUUUUAAUUUCAUAGCCAAUGUUGCUAAUAAUUCAAAUUUGACAACUAAAUCGCAAAUAUAAAUUAUGGAUUUAUUAUCUAAAAUAGCUAUUUAUGAUACUUUGCAUUAUAGAAUAGCUUCUUAGAUAUUUCUUUAAAUGGUUACUAAUACUUAACAUACACCAAGCACUUAAGAAUUUAUAUAAAAAUUUGUUAAAAUAAGUCUUGCCGUGUACUUUUCAGUUCAUAAGAAAUCUGAUAAAAAGAAGCCAAACCAAUAAAUUGUGGAUAAAUAAAGAAAAGCAUAAAUAAUUGAAGUUUUAAAAAGUAUAAUACAAAUUCAUAAUGAAAACUUUAAUUAAGUCAUAAAAACAAUGGCAGGCCAUACUAAUUUAUAAUUUAAGUUAAUCUCCAAAUAAAAUAAAGGAUUGUAAGUACUUCUUUAGUUACUUGGUGAUUUAAAUGAAAUAAUGCAAUAAGUAGAAUUUGAAUAUCAAGAGGCCUAAACUAAUAAAUAAGCCUAUUCAGAUUCGUCUGUUAAAGAAGUUCAAUAAGUUUAAGGUAAUUUAAAGAAAUUCUCAAAAAUCAAACUCACUAAGGAGGAACAAUAUCAUUUGGCGAGAUUGAGAAUGCCUAAAGAAACUGAUCCUAAAGUUAUAAAUGAUAUUUCAACUAUAAAAAAGCAAUUUUAAGAUAAAUAGAUGGAAAAAGAAUUGUCAAAAUUUACUUAAGAGGAAUAAUUGAAAUAGAAAAAAGAGAAAUUAAGGAAAUAAUUAGAGAAAAGAUAGAUUGAAUAAGGAAUAGCAUCUUUGAAUCAAAAAGAUGUAGCUGUGAAAUUAUUAUUUCCUGAUGGUAGCAGAUAAACUGAGUUAGCUAAAGAGAAGAAACAUGGGUUAGUAACAUUUGAUUUGCUAGAUUUAAAUUUAGAAGAGGAAAUAGAAAAAUUGAUGGUUGAAUAGAUUUUAAGAAAAUAUAGUAAAGUCUUUAGAUAUAUUUUUACAAAAUAUGCUAACACUUGUCUAUAAGGAAUGAAAUAACCUAACUCUUUUGAUAAAUAUCUUUAGAGGACUGAAAGCAUAAACAUUGCAGAAAUAAGUAAGUUUGUUCAUGAUUAUGAAAUUGCUUUAUCGAUUGAAAAUGUUUAGGCAUUAGCAAGGUAAGUAGGAACUCAAAUUCUUCAUAACAAAACGGAAUUUAAAGAAUUUGAUUAGAUAGGGUUUAAUUAAUUUGUAAUUUAAUUAUCCAUCGUUCUAUCCAAGAAUAAAUUAGCAGAUACUCAAGCGUAUUAAUGUUUAAUCAAAUUUAUCAAUCAUUUAAGAAAUGUAACAGCGGCUAAAGGAUAGAAUACAGCCUUAUUUGAUGAUCCAGAAUCUUAAUACUUUAUGGAGAAUGAUAUAAUCAAAGAAUUUAAUCAAUAAUUGCUCAUAGAUCCAAAUUAUGAAUUGCCUUAAGGAUAUAAGAAGGUUACUACUUUUGAAAUUCAAUUUUCAUAUGAAAUCCCUUUUCUAGAUGAUAAUGUCCAAAUACCUUAUUAAAUUCUUAAUGAUUUGUUGAUAAAUGCAUUGGGAGUUAAUAUUAUUGAACCAAUAUCCAAGAGAGUAAUGGUUUUUAAGGCCAAACCUGAUGCCUUUGGUUACAUAUAAUCUAAAUUGCAAUAGGAACCUGCAGAUGAAGAAUUCAAAAUUAAGCAUAAGAAGUCAAAGGAAGUGAAUACAAGUUUACAAAAAAAAAAAGUCCUUGAAAUAGAACCUAAAAGGGAGUGGUCAUUGAAUAUGAAAUUGGCCAUUGCUAAAUGCAAUCUCAAAGAUAAAUUCAUUGCUGAAAAUGUCGCUAAUUUACUUGAUGAUAUGCUGUUUGCUAUUGAGCAUAAUAAAUAGUAGGCAACAAGAUAAAAUGAAAUUAUUAAUAAGGUUAAAGAGGAUAAAAAAUAAUUAUUAUUAGAUUAGGAAUAAUAAGAGUAAAAGAGAGAAUAGCUGAGAAAGCAAAGAGAAAAAGAAAUUAAAGAUAAAUUGAAGGAAGAAAAGGAAAAACAAAAGCUUUUACACCUAUAAAUUGAAAAAGAAAGAUUAGAAAAAAACAAAACUGAAAAUCAUUUGAAGAAAGAAUAGUUAGAUAAACGCAUGAGUUACUUAACUGAAUAAAAAUUAAAAAUCAAAGAAAAAAAUGAUAAAGAAAAAGAAGAUCAAUUAAAGAGAAUUUUGGAGGAAAAAGAUAAAUAGGAAAAAGAAAUUAAAUUGAAAAAACACAAUUUUUAAGAGUUCAAUUAAAAAUAAAUUAAAAAAUUAAAAGAAAUAAUAUCUUAGGGGUAGAAUAAGUAAUAAUAAUCAGAAAAAGAAAAAUAGGAUCAAUAAAAAAAAUAAUAAUAACUACUAUAAUAAGCAAGAUCAAAAAUAUUAACUCAGAAUCAAUCAAGAAUCUAAGAGUAAAAGACAUUAGAAAAAGAUAUAGAAAACAAAUUCAAAUCAAUAUCAUAUCAGAAAAUAAUUGAAAAAUAUUAAUUCGGAUUAAAUUCUCUAUUCCAAUUUUUAAUUAAAGAAACCUUUCUACCGAUUGGUUAACCAUCUUCAAGAGAAUAAAUUAGUUUCAAAACCUUUGCUUGGUUCACAGAUAGAUUUAAUUUAUGUCCUGAAAUCGUAUCUAAAGAUGAUGUUCUUUAACUAUUUAGAUAUUUAACUAAAUCCAAAGAGGUAAUUGAUGGAAUACCACUAGGGAUGAAUUACGAUGAAUUCCUAUAGGCUUUGCAUAGAAUUUCAAUAAAAGGAAGCACUAUAUUUAAUAAAGUUGCUAUGAAUAUAAAAUAAUAAAAAGGAAAACUUGAUAUCAAAGAAAUUAAAUAGAUUGUUGAAGCAGAACAAAUUGUUGGUUAAGAACCAUAAAGCCAUUCACCAAAGGCAGAAUCCAUAGUGAUGGACACUCCUUUAAGAAAUAAAUCGAAAUCUAAUUAUCUGGAGUCAUCGAAAGUCUUGAAAGAAUAUUAACUCUUUUUCCAAUAAUCAAAUGAAUAAACUUUUGAAUCAUUAAUAUUGUACUUAGAUGUGAGCAAUGAUAAAAAUUAAUUAGAUUGGCGAUUUAGAAAAACAUUAGAGGAAAAAAAGGUACCAACUAGAUUGAGAAAAAAAAUUUUGACCGAAAAGCUUGGAAUUUAGAAUUGA